CCGGUUUGGAAACACUCUACAAUCUGUGCAGGAAAAUUUAUCCUGAUCAAGCAAACCCUUUACAAGUUACUGCUUUGUUGAAAUUUUGACAGGAGUUCCGCCAUUUUGACAAGAGCCUGUCGCGACACUAUGUGUUAGAGAGUGUGAACACCUGGUGCCAUGACAUCGAUAUCACCGUCUGAACCGGCCUUCAUUUUCAUAUGUGACACUAACGUCGCGACACUGUGACCUUCAACUGUGUCAUGGCGUUCUAUGUGCCUGGCUCAAUUUAAUUGCUGAUUGAUGUUUAACGAGUAUCUUUAUUCUUGAAGUUGAACGUCUAAUUUCUUGGAUUCGAUUCCAACACCUGGGAGAUCGUGUCUGACUUCCCUGUGGUUGGGCCUUUAGCAAGCAUGAAAAUAUAUCCGCAUUAUUUAUUGUUUGUUUCAAUGAAUCUUUCUCAAAGAAUCUAUGUGGUCUUGACUACAGUGACUGUCUAAAAGACAGUGGCAUCAAUAGGACCUUAGCUCCUCUCAUUCGCAAUUAUGCGGUGAAUCUAUUUGGCGCCAACGGAUCUUUACUGUGAUCUGUAUGACUCAAGUCCAAGUUUUAAUUGGAAAUGAUUGCUAUGAUAUAAAACAUUUUGGGAUUAAAUUAGAAACCAGCUUUAAAGAUGAGUUUCCUCUCUAUAAAAUGCCUCUGGACAAGAGUUCAGACAGCGGAAUCGAUAUGCAAUUUAGCACUUGAUAGGAAUUGUUCUGUGCAAUGGAAAUGCAGUUUAGCUGUAGGUUUUCAGUCUUGUUUGUUCCUCGUUCUAAAUCAAACGUUUUUUUUGAAGCAAGUCUAUAAUAGACCCACUUGUACCUAUUACUGAGUAAUGUUCCAGGUAUUAAAACAGAAAUAUUAACACAUUAUUUUGCUUUAUUCAAUAAAAACAUGCAUCUGUUAAACUGUUAAUUACUACUAUCUACUAAUUACUAUACAAGGUGUUUUUUUGUUAUUAAGAUACAGGAUAAAAGUAUGAUGAUCUGUGACGUUUAUCUUCUAUUUUGUGAUGUAAGUCAACUCUUAAGACUUAAGAUCUUUAAUUAACUAUGCUUUAUUUAUUCUUAAACUGAAAUCAAACAAAUUCUAUAGGAAUAAGUAAAACUAAUAAUGUAUUAAUAAAAAUGUACAUAUUUUAAUAAGUACAUACAUGUAAGUAAUCAUUAAUGUAAAUUAAUGUCACCGACACAUUAAUGUAAAUAAUAUUUAAUGCAAUUUAUAAUUAGUUAGGUACGAUUGAAAAUCAUUAGGCUUAAAAAAUUCAGUAUAUAAGAAAUUAUUUAACACUUCAAAUUGUAAAUUUAGGUGUGAAAUGUAAAUGUAAACUUUCGCAUAAACUAAAAAAAAUAGACUUACUAGCAUGUCUCUGGCUUAACUGGGCCCUUUUUUACUAGAAAUAUUUAACCUAAAAACUACCUGCAUAUCUGCUCAUAACGUUAUCUUUGUUUCUAUGGCAUGUAGGCACUUCUAGUUCGAUUUGAGUCAUUUACGAUACAAAAAUCAACUUUAAAUGUACAUUUUGAGUACAUACAAUUUCAUAACAUUUUCUUAAAAUUCUUUCCAUUUCAACAAAAAAAAAAUGGAGUACAUGUUUAUGGAGAAAAAAGUAGGUACUAUUUCUAUAACAUUUAAUUUGACUAAACUUGCUGAAGUGUUUAAGCUGGGGUUCUUUAGAUCCUUAGAUUCCGAAUAUGUACAUUGAUUACAACUGUUUGAUUGGCGUUUUAUGGAGCAAAUAAUAUAUCCGGCUAUAUAGUAUAAUGAAUUAAUCUCACUAAAAUUGAUAUUAAAAUCACGGGGAAUGUUUUCAGGUAUUAUUACGGAAUCGUAAAGGGUUGUUUUGCUGGAGAUCGUGCUUAAGAAAUCUGAAAAAUUCCCUGUAAUCUUCAUCAUAGCUGGAAUCUUUCGGACACACAUAAAUAUUGUGAAACACAAAUGAGUUACACAUUAUUUUUAACCUGAAGAGCAUUGAAGAGUUACUUGCUUACUCGGCAAAACACUAAAAAUACUUUCCAAACAAUCUUGUGAAAAUCGUUCAGUCCACAAAUUUAUAGCCAUUUUCCUCCAACAAAAGUUUUUGAAUGUCUAAAAUCGAUUUCGUAGAAAUUAAAAUUCUGGUUUGAUAAAAUGUCCAUAAUUUCUUAAUGCCAAUUUCCAAUAUAUUCAUAAUUUCCAUAAAAUUAGUGAGCACUUCAAUAGCUUUUAGAUAGUUUUCAUUGUUUGAACAAAAAAUUAGAUUGAUUCUACAGUUAAGUCUCAAAUAAAUAUAAUUUAGCAAAUAAUUGUUCACAAAUGGCUACUGUAUAGGUGGAACUUUCUGCGUGCGACUUCUAUGGCCGUUUCGGUCGUCUUUUAGAAUUUAUUGGUUUCAUUGUUUACUUCUUAUACACAAAACGCGACAAAAGGACUUUUAAACCAGGGCUAAAGUACCUGGGCCCAUAAUCUGUUAAAUAAAAGUUAAUUCUGCUAUUUCGAUGUAAAAUAUUUAUUAUUUAUUUAUUUUUUAACAAAAUAAAAGCAAGUUAGUGGCUACAAAGUUUAACUAUCACUGACGCAUCCUUCUUCCCGCUGUACUUCCUAGUCGUCUUAGCCUUAGGUAUUUAUGUCCAAUUGAAAAUAUAGGUUGGGAGGUCCUGAUCCGCUGGACUACAUUUCGAUGUACUCUAACCCAGGAAAUCCAGAUGAAAAUGUUCCACCUCAUUGGCACUACAUUAGCUUUGGUCUUUCCGAUCUUCAUGGCGAUGGUCGGGUACAUGAUCCAUCGGGACCUGACGGAGCUUCCGGAUUUGGCUUCGAGCUAACAUUUAGAUUAAAACGGGAGCCCGGAGAAACGUCGCCUCCAACUUGGCCGGCAACACUAAUGCAAUCUUUAGCUAAAUAUGUUUUCCAGUCAGGAAAUUCGCUAUGUUCAAGUGAUCACGUCUCCUGGCAUUGUGCCCUUGACAAUAGCGAAUCAAGGAUUCAACACAUGUUAAUGACUACAGAUCCACAGCUUAAUACGACAGAAACUCCGUUUGGAACAGUCAAUUUUGUGCAGAUUGUCGGAAUUUGUACUGAUGAACUGAAAGCUACACAGCAGUGGAAUGGAUCUGGAAUUUUAGAUAUUCUUCGAAGAUCACCAGCAGCCGGAGGUCCUUGGCUUAUAACUGAUAUGACAAGGUCGGACAGUAUUUUCGAAUUGGACCCUUCCACACACGAAGAAGUUGAACGGGGAUUUGAAUUGGAUGGGUCAAAUUUAAGCGGGGUUUCCGGAAGGUGUUCUUGGUCUGAGCAUGACUAUUUUGCCGAAAAAACCUGCAAAACUUCUAGAUCGAGACUUGGAUCUUUCCAUGAUGCCUUUUUAGUUAGUUCUUUGGAAGCUUCAGAAAUAGCCCGAGUACGAAAACUGGAUGGGGUGCAUUUAAUACUCAAUCUGGAAGCUGGUAGCCUCCUUCCACUAGCAAUAAGAGGUCGUGUUAAACAUGGACGACAUUUUACGUUUAAAUCAGCGCUGGAAGAAACUGCAGUAACUCUCGUAGCACAUUCAGUUACAGGAACGUUGGUUAAUCCAGAGAGUCCUUACGUCUCACAAGGAUCCUGGCUACAAGUACUAAUUACUGAUGAUUUAUCUCAAGAUAUGGGGGUCACGUUCCAAGCUCUAGCUAGUCCGGAAGCAUUAUCUUUACCUAAAACGUUUUCGUGGCCUGAGCGAAAACUUUCAAUAACUAUAGUAGCUGAUAAAGUAUAGUUUUAUCCUUUGCCCAUACGAGCGAAGCCAGGUAAAGUGCAGCUGAACAAGAAUUCUCAGGCAAUAUGUAAGUGGAUUUUAAAUAGUAAUACAAAUAACAAUCUUUAGUUCGGAUCUAUGUUUACAACAUGGAACGAAAUAAGCAACAAUCACAGCCGGAAACUAGGCGAAUUAUAAAAUAAUGAUACAGUUUCAUAAAUCGGUUAUAGAUAAUUGAGGACAUUUGAAGGGGUCAGAAGCAUGAGAGUGCAAGUGACAUUUAAACAGAUUCUCACACAUGUGAAUUGUCACUCGUCUGGUCUAGACCAGGUGAAUUUGCUCUCACCGAUUUUAGGCAAUUGGCAACACAAACAUUUCCCGGGACUGCUCUAGUAAACGAUGCAUGAAAAUAAACGCCCUGUUUAGUUAGCUUGUGAAGGCGAUUCGAAAAGUCGGCGCUGCAAUGCCGUCAAAGGCCAAGAUCCUAAAGUAUACAGGUUGCCUGGUAACUUUGGACCAAUGGGAGAGC